AUGGUUGAUUCUAAGGUGUCGAAGGGCUCAUACAAGCACAAGUCCUUCUUAUCGCUGAAGGAGCUGGGCCAGAGUUCGAAGAACAAGGGCCCUCCAUCUUCAAGGACGUCGCUAUCGCAGCUUAAGCUUAAUCUACUGGCGGACGGUAAGCAUUGGGAGAUCUUAGAGGACUAUGGGUUGGAAGAACUGAGAGAUGGGUUUUUCGAUCCGAUCUUCACAAGGCACGAGAAUGUCGUGCCGUCCGAAGAAGACAGCGAUAGCGCCGUGUCAAAGACGGCCGGGCGGUUGACGGUCGCAAGCUGGGUGGCACACAACUUGGAGGGGCUUAAGCAAUCUUGGCAACCUAUGCUGAAGUUCUGGCUUGCCUUCUUCAUUGCUGUGUGCAUCUGCCUGAUCCACCCGUCGGGGUCGUGGCUGGGUCACCGCUUCAGAUACUUCAUGCCGGUUGCGGUGUUGAUACACCACCCAGCACGCAACAUCGGAGUGCAGCUGGAAAUUACGCUUUGGUCGAUCACCGGCGCAGCUUUUGGGAUGGGAUGGUCCGCCCUAGCGUGGUACAUUUCCGUUGCUACAAGGCCAACUGCCAACCACCAAGGCGGUAUCCUUUUCGCGAGCAUGUUCUUGGCAGUGUUUUUGUCGACGUGGCUGCGCUCCUCUAAGCAAAGGCUGUUGUAUUUCUCGCUAUCUUACGGCAUUGCCAUAUGCUUCCUGCACACGGUCGACUUGGUCAACGCCAAAUCUAUGCUCGACUGGAAACUGUAUUGGGAUUUUGGAAUACCGUAUCUGUUUGGACUGCUUAUCUCAAUGGUCGUGUGCGCCGCGGUAUUCCCCCACUCUGGGCAGUCCGAGAUCAUAUCUCGAUUUUCGACGUCCAUCAAUAACAUCAAACAACUUCUGGUCACAUUUCUAGAGCUUGACGAGUGCGGAAACACUGAUAGACAUCACUUGCUACAGAAGGAAAUCGGCACCAGCAUUGACUUCGAUGUGUCUGAGGGUAUGCGAGAAUUUUUGAAUCAAUUAACCAUAACAAGAAUUAGUGAGGAGUCACUCCUAAGCUUUCGUAAUUCCAUUACCAUCGCCGCUGCCCCACUGAGAUCAAUGCCCACAGACCAUAAGCUUCUCACGAAGCUCGAGCUUCAGGAUUUCUACGAAGCCUAUCAAGAUAAACACAAAGAAGGUCAAACCGUCGAUAAAUCUCACGGUGAUACACACAUGCCAGUUUCAGGAAAUGCAACUCCACUCCCCAAAUCUAAUAACUUUGUUGGCCUUGGCGGUCAUACAAAUAGCGAACUAUUUACCAGCAUGCUAAGGUCUACGUUCUCGAGUAGCCUGUUGUCCUUACUAGUUGAGAUGAUUGCGCUUUUAGAAACGAUAGAAAGCGGGCUUGAUAACUUCGCCAAUGGUAAGCUUUUCGAUAAUGAAAAUCUUGGUAUUGAGGAAAAACUGAAAAGCCACAUCAGCAAGUUGAUUCGCAGGAUAUACAACAUCGACGUUUGUUACAAAGAGUUUACUAAAUCGAACCUUUUUUGCAAAGAGCUUCUCUCAGACUCGCAAGCCAUUGACUCUUUUCUGUUCUUGAGAUACUUGAGACAAAGUGCCAAAAACCUUAUCCCCGUUGCCACAUGCGUCGUUGAAAUGAGCGCGAAUCUGCGUUGGCGUGUCGAACUUCCCCAUUACCCCUGGCGCCGCGCAUUAAACAGACUGCCGCACCGCUGCAGUAUUGACCAAGGAGCAAAAUCUCUCUUGCACUACUUCGAAACGAAGUCGGAUGUCGACGAUCUGUUCGAGCAACUUUAUAACAGCUACACCUCAAGACACAAAGUAAGCGCCGAAGGACCAGAAAAAGGUAAAAUACGCGCUACAGUCAGGGCUAUCGACCAUAAGGACUUUAGCUUGCAUACUACCAGCCAUCCCUUGAGAUACAAGCUCUGGCUACUGAGCACCGAAAUUACUUCUUAUGAAAGUAGAUGGGCACUGAAAAUUGCAAUCGUGAUGACAUUCUUUGCUUUGCCAGCAUGGCUUCCUCAGUCCAAUCGGUGGUACCAAGAAUAUCAGUGUUGGUGGGCCCCGCUAUCGUUUCUCCUCCUGUCUAAUCGUCGGCACAGUGGGAAUUGGCCAUCUAUGGGCAGGCGGCUCGCUUCUGCCUUGUUAGGAAUUUUCUGGGGAUGGUGUUCUAACCAAGCGCGUCACUUUGGCAGUCCCUAUGUCGUUGCAACAUUUGCAGGGUUACUGUGUGCAGUCCUUUCCUUCAACUUUUUUGCCAACAAUCACACCAAAUCUAGUUUUACCGGUCUCUUGUGCUUUGUUGUGAUUGCACUGGAACCAUACAGCAAACGUAGCUCUUUGAACACAGCGUUUAUCUGGAAAAACACAUGGGUCACAGGAGUAGCGCUUUUGUGCGGAAUAUUACUUUCAAUUCCUAUUAACUGGAUUCUUUGGUCGUUUACGGCGCGUCAUGAACUCAGAAUCUCUAUUUCCUCACUGCUCGCACACAUAAGUCAGUCGUACCAAAGCGUGACUGAUCGCUACCUCUACAGAGAUGCCGAUGAUGCCCCAACCGAGUUGACACUAAAAUAUUCUAGUAUAAGAGAAGUGCGCCUUUCCCAAAGCUUAAUCGCUGUGAAAAGGUUGCUUCAAAAAGCACGCGAAGAGCCCAACUAUAUUUUUGAAUUCAAGGCUGAUCUUUACGAGCAACUCUUAGACGCAUGUGAAUAUCUGCUGGAAAAAAUGGUGGAGGCGAGGCUUUCUGGUCAACAUUUCGAGGUUUGGGACCAAGACAGCAACAGCGAAAUCUCAAGAGCACUGUUAUCUCUGAGACGCGAUAGUGUCGCAUCUGUUAUCUUCAUUUUUUACAUGUUGUCAAACUGUUUUCUUUCAAAGAAUAGAAUUCCGAUGUACCUACCCAAUGUUAUCAUGUCAAGGAAGAAGCUCUAUGAUUUCAUUUCUAAAUUUGAAUCAAAUUUCGCGUCCAGGUCUUCAACUGCUGUGAGCAAUUCUGAGUCCUCGGAUUCCGAAAUAAAGGAACAUGACACCAAUCCUUCGUCUGACGACUAUGAGAAAUCCCACUGGACCCAAAUCCAUGGUAUGGCAUUUGCGCGCGCUUUCACCGAUAUUGCGGAAGUUGUGCAGAAACUUGCCAACCUGAGUCGUGAAAUUUUGGGUGAGGAGGAUUGCUGUUAA